CAAGUACAGUCGCCGAGCUCAUGGAGGCCACGAAGAAGUCAAAGCCACGCCCGACUGCCGACGAGCUGUCCUCGAACGACGCCAGCGGUGGUGGGCUGACGGUCGAGCAGAUUUACCAGAAGAAAACGCAAUUGGAGCACAUCUUGCUCCGGCCCGACACUUAUGUCGGAUCGAUCGAACCUGCCGAGCAAACCCUGUGGGUGUAUGACGACGAGAACAGCAAGAUGGUGCAGAAGAAGGUCACAAUUUGCCCAGGCCUGUACAAGAUCUUCGACGAAAUUAUUGUCAACGCGUGCGAUAACAAGCAGCGCGACAGUACCAUGGACACGUUGAAAGUCACGAUCGACUCUGAAAAGGGCGAAAUCAGCGUGUGGAACAACGGCAACGGCAUCCCAGUCGUGAUGCACAAGGAGCACAACGUGUAUGUGCCGGAACUGAUCUUUGGCCAUUUGCUCACGGGCAGCAACUUUGACGACAAGAAGAAAAAGACCACGGGCGGGCGCAACGGCUAUGGAGCAAAGCUGGCCAACAUCUUUUCCAAAGAAUUCGUGGUCGAAACGGCAAGCCGCGAACAAGGCAAGCGAUACCGCCAAGUGUUUUCCGACAACAUGAGCGUGAAAGGCGCGCCGAAGAUCACGUCGUGGUCCAAGAAAGACUUUACGUGCAUCACGUUCACCCCCGACUUUAAGCGCUUCCAAAUGACCGGCUUGGACGACGACAUUGUCGCGCUGUUCAAAAAGCGCGUGUACGACAUCGCGGGCGUCACCGACAAGAGCUUGAACGUGUACUUGAACGAAGAAAAGAUCGCGGUCAAGUCGUUUUCCCAGUACGUGGCGUUGUAUGGCACGGCCGACGUGAUUUUCGACAAACCCGACGAACGGUGGCAAGUGGGCCUCGGUUUGAGCGACGACGGGUUCCAGCAAGUGAGUUUUGUCAAUGGCAUUUGCACGACCAAGGGUGGCCAGCACGUGAACUACCUGGCGGACCAAAUCACUACCAAGUUGAUUGCCGUGGUGAAGAAGCGCAACAAAGGCGAGGCGGUGAAACCCGCCUACAUCAAGAACCACCUUUGCCUGUACGUGAGCGCGCUGAUUGACAACCCAGCAUUUGACUCCCAGACGAAAGAGACACUGACCACACGCCCACCGUCGUUUGGGUCGACGUAUACACUUAGCGAAAAGUUCAUGAAAGCCGUGGAAAAGAGUGGCCUCGUCGAGAACAUCCUGUCGUUUGCCAAGCUCAAGCAAACGGCGGAACUAAAAAAGACGUCUGGAACCAAGAGCGUCAAGCUGACGGGCAUUUCAAAGUUGGACGAUGCGAACUUUGCCGGGAGUGCGAAGGGGAAGGACUGCACGCUGAUCUUGACCGAAGGCGAUUCCGCCAAGGCGUUGGCGAUGAGUGGCUUGGCCGUCGUGGGGCGCGACUACUACGGCGUGUUUCCACUCAAGGGCAAACUGCUCAACGUCCGAGAAGCGUCCCACAGCGUGAUUGUCAAGAACGAAGAAAUCCAAAACAUCGUCAAGAUCCUCGGGUUGAAGUAUGGCACCACGUACGACUCGACCAAGUCGCUGCGCUACGGGCACUUGAUGAUCAUGGCCGAUCAAGACCACGAUGGAAGUCACAUCAAGGGGCUCGUGAUCAAUUUCAUCCAUCACUUCUGGCCGUCGCUCAUGGGGUUGGACAACUUUGUGCAGGAGUUUAUCACGCCCAUUGUCAAAGCGACCAAGGGCAACCGCAGCGAAGUGUUUUACACGAUUCCGGAAUACGAAGCCUGGCGCGGCCAAAUGAACAACGCCAAGGGGUGGUACAUCAAGUACUACAAGGGGCUCGGGACCAGUAAGCCCGAAGAAGCGAGGGAGUACUUUAGCGACUUGAACACGCAUCAAAUCGGGUUUACGUACAACGGAGAGCCCGAUGGCGAUGCAAUCGACAUGGCGUUCUCAAAGAAGCGCGUGGAAGACCGCAAGGAGUGGCUGCGCGCAUUCGUGCCUGGAACCUUUGUCGACUAUGCCGUUCAAGACAUGCCGUACACCGAGUUUGUCAACAAGGAAUUGAUUCUGUUUUCCAUGGCGGACAACAUCCGAUCCAUCCCGUCCAUGGUAGACGGAUUCAAGCCCUCGCAGCGAAAAGUCUUGUUUUCGUGCUUUAAACGCAACCUCAAAAAAGAGAUCAAAGUCGCGCAACUGUCGGGGUACAUUUCAGAGCAUUCAGCGUACCAUCACGGCGAAGUGAAUCUCCACGGCACCAUCAUCGGCAUGGCCCAAAACUUCGUUGGAAGCAACAACAUCAACUUGCUGGCACCCAACGGCCAGUUUGGGACGCGACUCAUGGGGGGCAAGGAUGCCGCCAGUGCUCGUUAUGUGUUUACAAACUUGGAGUAUAUCACCCGCCUUGUCUUCAAUCCGUUGGACGAUGCCAUCUUGAACUACCUGGAAGACGAAGGCCAGUCCAUUGAACCCCAGUGGUACAUGCCGAUCAUCCCCAUGUCCCUUGUCAACGGCAGCGACGGCAUCGGAACUGGGUGGUCGUGCGGUAUUCCCAACUACAACCCGCUGGAUGUGAUUGAGAACUUGCGCCGACGAAUUCAAGCCGAGCCGAUGAACAGCAUGGUUCCUUUUUACCGCGGGUUUAAGGGAGACAUCGUCCAGAAGGGAGGCACCGACAACUUUUUGGUGCAAGGCAAGUUCGAAGUGAUCGACGACAGCACGAUCGUGAUCUCCGAGCUUCCCGUGAAGACGUGGACGCAAUCGUACAAGCAGUACUUGGAAACGCUGCUGGAAGCGAACACCAUCAAGGACUUCAAGGAGAACCACACGGACACGACCGUGCUGUUCACGGUGAUCUUGUCUCCGGAAUCCCUCGCGGCGAUUCAAAACGCCCCAGGUGGAAUCCCCAAAAAGUUUAAGUUGGAGUCGUCGCUUGCCAUCUCAAACAUGCACUUGUUCGAUUCGAACGGCCAAAUCAAGCACUACAGCUCGCCGUUGGACAUCAUUGAAGAGUUUUACGGACUGCGACUGGAGCACUACGGGUUUCGCAAGGCCGCGAUCUUGAAACGAUUGGAGCACGACAUCCUGGUCCUGUCCAACAAGAUGCGAUUCAUUUUGGCUGUGAUCGAAGGCGAGCUGAUCGUGAACAAUCGCAAGAAGAAGGAGCUGCUCGAAGAACUCCGCAAACAAAAGUACGACCCGAUGCCCAAGAACGUCACCGCUCCCACGGUCGCUGCCGCCGGCGAAGAGGAACAACCUGCCCCCGAGGAUGACGAUGAAGACAACGUUGGCGUUUCCGCAAAGGAUUACGACUACCUGUUGUCGAUGGCACUGUGGAGCUUGACUGCAGAACGGGUGCAGAACCUACGAAACGACCUCGAGGCCAAGAACGAAGAGCGCGAUGUGGUGUUCGCGACCACCCUGGAAACCAUGUGGCUCAAGGACCUGGACGAGUUGGAAGUCGGGUUGGGCAAGGACGAAGAGAACCGACUGGCCCAAGAGCACUCGACCAAGAAGCAAGCUGGGAAAGCCACCAGUGGGAAGAGCCAAACCAAGCGCAAACCCGCGGCGAAGAAAAAGUCAGCGAAAGAGUCCGACACCGACUCGGGGUCGGACUUUGAACUGGCAAAAUCCAAAGCCAAGAAGGCCAAAGUCGUGGACGAGAAGCCCAAAAUCAAGACACAAUUUGGUGCGGAAAAGCCGCUGUCGACAGUGUGGAAGAAACCGCAAGCCAUCGUGAAAAAGGAAGGCAAAGCGCCCAAGAAAGAACGGACUGCCUCCAGCGAGCCCAAGCCGGCAAAAGUGUUUAAGUUGUUUGAAAAGAAGCAAGCGAUUGUCGAAUCUAGCGAAGACGAGGAAGUGUUGUCCUUGGCGGAACGAUUGAAGCGACGUGCGAUGGCGGAAAAGAAGGUCGACUCGGACGAAGACGACGUGUUCAGCGUGCCCACAGCGCAGAAAGUCGGGGCGAAAACCAUGCCAUCCAUUGCACAAGCGGAUUCCGACGACGAGUUUUCAUUCGCGGCAUCGGCGAAGAAAACUGCCCCGGCACUGAAAAAAGCACCGGCUGCCAAGAAACCCACGCCGAAACCAAAGGUGGCCAAGAAGAAGGCUGUCGAAUCCUCGCCCGUCGACAAGCCAAAGAAAAGGCCCGUGUCUGUCGAUUCAGAUGACGACACGUUCAAGUUUUCCGACUCGGAGCCAGUGACCAAGAAGCUGCCUGCGCCCAAGGCCAAAGCAUCGAAACCUGCUUCGGGUAUGACAUUGCACGUAGCAAGGACACCCACCACAUUGUUCUCGUAGGCACCGCGGCCAAACGUAAGACUGACAAGGCCCCCAGUUCCCCAAAGAAGAAAAAGCAAAAGCAACCGACAUGGAGCGACGAUGAGUCGAGCGCCGACGACGACGACGACGUGCAUGAACCUGUGGAGCCAAAGGAACGGCCUGGCAGAGCCGCCCGAGCCACCAAGCAAGUCGUGUAUAAACUCGACUCGUCCGACGAAGAGCAAGACGCCGCGAGCGACUUUGAAGAUGACGCGAACGACUCGGAGUAGUAGUCCUUACAGUAAUAGAGUUUCCAUUUGUAUUGUAAA